GAACGUGCACGAAGGAAGGCAACAAGUUGCCAUCAGGCACUGAGGGUGCCGUGGAGGGCAGCCCUUCGGCUGCUGCAGCAAGGGUGGUGGUUGGUCCUGGUUGAAGUGGCUGAGGGUUUUAGUUACUGAGAGUAUAGACGCCGAUCUGAUCUGUGUUUCGGCGAUGGCCAGCAACGGUGCUGUGAGGAAUGGCAGCGUCCCGCACAUUCAACAAGCAAAUGGAGCCGCCAAGGCCAACGCACAGAGGGUGACAACCCCACGAGUGAAAGGUGUGCCUGAAGUGCGGCCAGUGCCAUCUGCGCCACUCACGGCAGUGGUGCACGAUGCUGUGCGGCGGUGGUUCCAGGAAACUCACAAGGAAGCCCUUCGGGGCGACGUGAAACAACAAGCACUGCUUGGGCAGAUGCUUUUAGAAGGCUACGGGUGCGAGCGUGACAGCGCUGCCGGCAAGGAGUGGGUUGACAAGGCCAGGAGGCGAGGCUAUCGCAUGGCAGGCGUCUACUGCGAGCUCUGAGUGUGCACGAAGCUGCCUGCAUGGUUGGGGCAAUGUACCCAAGCCAAGAGCUUGAGUGGGCUGCUCUCAUAUUGGAUGGACACAUGCGAUGCCCUUUCUUCACUGAUGAUUAUUCCUCAAGAAAGCUGGAUUGCUCACAUUUCCAAGGCCAGGCGGCUCAUGCUGGGCGGCGCAGUCGUGGAUCAAUCAAGAUUCCUCAUCUGGUUUCCCCAGCACGAGUGGUGCAGAGAAUUGGAUACGUAGUUAAAGAACUUGGAGCGACAGAGUGUGUGCAAAAUGCCUUAGCAGAGCGUGCAGAGAGUUGCGGUGUUGACAUAUGCUCCGAACAAGCUUUUGUAUGCUUUGCAUUGAUCAUCACCGGAAGGCCUUGACUUCUGACAGUGUGACUUGCUUAUUGAGACUUCACACUGUUGAAAUAUAGAAACGUGCGGGUGCAGUUAGGUGUCGUCUUGCUGCAGCUCCCACUCUAAAGUUAAUGACCCCGUGCAGGCUGCGAUGCGGUGGCCUGCAAUUUGGUGCUUUGCGGAAUCUGCUUUAUAACUUGUCCCUUUUAU